AUGGAAGAGAGCGAGGAGAGUGAAGAACUGAGUGAAGUGGAGGAGGAACAUCAUGUCAAACCUGGAGAAAAACCUUUGAGUCGCUCAAAGACUAAAAAUACAUUUAUAAAGAAAAGAAGAGCCAAGAAAUCUACAACCUGCACUCAAUGUGGAAAGAGUUUAUCAACCAAACAAAGUCUUGAUGUUCACAUGAGAGUUCAUACCGGAGAGAAGCCGUUCACAUGUGAUCAGUGUGGAAAGAGCUUCACAAGGAAAGAUAGUCUUGAGAUUCACAUGAGAAUCCACAUUGGCGAGAAGCCGCACACGUGUGAUCAGUGUGGAAAGAGUUUCACACACAAACACAGCCUUAAUGUUCACAUGAGAGUUCACACGGGAGAGAAGCCAUUCACAUGUGAUCAGUGUGGGAAAGAUUUCACACAAAAAACUCACCUUAAUAUUCACAUGAGAGUUCAUACUGGAGAGAAGCCGUUCACAUGUGAUCAGUGUGGGAAGAGCUUCACACAAAAAACUAACCUUAAUUUUCACAUGAGGAUACACACCGGAGAAAAGCUUCUGUACGCUUGUGAUCAGUGUGGAAAGAGUUUCACACGACCAUCACACCUUAAAGAACACAUGAGGAUCCACACCGGAGUGAGACCGUUCACAUGUGAUCAGUGUGGCAAAACAUUUCAUGGGGCAUCAAACCUAAAGACACACCUGAGAGUUCAUAUGAAGGAGAAGCCACAUUCAUGUUCUGUGUGUGGAAAGAGUUUUUCACUGCUGUCAUAUUUACAUAAACAUCAGAAAAUACACACUGGUGUGAGAGAGUACAUGUGCUUUGAGUGUGAGAAGAUGUUUACUACAGCAAACCAUUUAAAACUGCACCAGAGAAUUCACACUGGAGAAAAACCUUACAAGUGUUCACACUGUGACAAGAGAUUCUGUGAUUCAUCAUAUCUGAAAACACAUGAGAGGAUCCACACUGGAGAAAAACCUUACAAGUGUUCAUACUGUGACAAGAGAUUCAGUCGGUCAACACAUCUGAAAACACAUGAGAGGAUCCACACUGGAGAAAACCUUUACAAGUGUUCACAAUGUGACAAAAGAUUUAGUCAGCCAGCAAAUCUGAAAACACAUGAGAGGAUUCACACCGGAGAAAAACCUUAUAAGUGUUCAUACUGCGAUAAGAGAUUCAGUCGGUCAACAAAUCUGAAAACACAUGAGAGGAUCCACACUGGAGAGAAGCCGCACACGUGUGAUCAGUGUGGAAAGAGUUUCACUGUUAAAAGUCACUUGAAGAUGCACAUAAAGAUCCAUGCAGUGGAGAAACUCCUCGAUCCAUGCGGGAAGAGUCAGUUUGAUGUUCAUUCACACCAUGAGGUGCCAUGA